UGACGUAGGCCGGCCGGGUCGGGGCCCGUGAGUGCGGGUCGUCAUGGCGGUGGACAUCACUCUGCUGUUCCGGGCCAGCGUCAAGACCGUGAAGACGCGAAACAAAGCGCUGGGAGUGGCGGUGGGCGGCGGGGCUGACGGCAGCCGCGACGAGCUGUUCCGCCGGAGCCCGCGGCCCAAGGGCGACUUCUCCAGCCGGGCGCGCGAAGUGAUUUCACACAUUGGCAAACUGAGAGAUUUUCUUCUGGAACACAGGAAAGAUUAUAUUAAUGCUUAUAGCCAUAUCAUGUCUGAGUAUGGGAAGAUGACAGACACAGAACGAGACCAGAUAGACCAGGAUGCUCAGACCUUCAUGAGGACCUGCUCAGAAGCAAUCCAGCAACUAAGAACACAAGCCCACAAGGAGAUACAUUCCCAGCAAGUGAAGGAGCACAGGAGUGCUGUUGUGGAUUUCAUUGAAGAUUACUUAAAAAGAGUGUGUAAACUUUACUCAGAACAAAGAGCCAUCCGAGUUAAACGAGUGGUGGAUAAGAAAAGAUUAUCUAAGCUGGAACCAGAACCAAGCACAAAGACAAAAGAAUCCAUGCUUUCUGAGAAAGUUUCACAGAAUCCUUCAAAAGACUCUGAAGAAAAGCCUGUCACGGAAGAAUAUCCAGAAACGAUUCCGGCCGAAGCACAACCUGAAUUGAGAACCUGGGGAGAUGGCAAAGGUGAAGAUGAAUUAUCCCCAGAAGAAAUACAAAUGUUUGAACAAGAAAAUCAGCGCCUCAUUGGUGAAAUGAACAGCCUGUUUGACGAAGUGAGGCAAAUCGAAGGGAAAGUGGUUGAAAUUUCCAGACUCCAAGAAAUAUUCACAGAAAAGGUUUUACAACAGGAAGCCGAGAUUGACAGCAUUCACCAGUUAGUUGUAGGGGCAACUGAGAACAUCAAGGAGGGCAAUGAAGACAUCAGAGAGGCCAUUAAGAACAACGCCGGCUUCCGAGUGUGGGUCCUCUUCUUCCUGGUGAUGUGCUCCUUCUCCUUGCUCUUCCUCGACUGCCCCCGAUACCACCCUGCCCAUGGAGAAUUGGUUCUUCUUCUUACCAGCUCAUCAAACCUUCAAAGAUAAAGAUCAGAAAUACCUGCCAGCCACCCUGGGAGCACAGAGCUAUUUCCAGAAGAGAAAUGACAAAGGAAUGCAAUGUGUUUAUCACCCAGCACUGCCGCUGUUCAGCGUUUCAGCAGGCUGAGGCUGGGAGGAGCUGGUAGAGAAAGCUCAGCUUUGGAGUCGGGCCCACAUUAUGAGCUGAGUUCACUGGAGUCCACGUUCCCUGAGCCUCGGUUCCCUCAUCUAUGAAGUGGGGCUACGGAGUCAGACUUCCCGGUUUGCUGUGCAGACUAAAGUCAACAUGGGGCAGCUUGGGUAAGAAGCCAGGACGUGCCCAAGGUCACACAGUGGACAGAAAAGAGAAAAAGCCAAAAGGGGCACCGCUGAAGUGAUGCCCUCUUCCCCUCAGCAUCUUGACCUCAGCCACAGCUGGGCAUUGGGAAGCAGCGGACACACUGCAGAGGCAAAUAAUCCAUGCAGCCCUGCAGCACGCCCUUCCUGGCCUGCCCCGGGCAGGCUCUGCAGGUGAGCCCUGGCCCAUCCAGCAAGCAGGCAGCCACUUUGCUCCAGCCUGCACUGCCACUUCCCCUUCACUCUGUCCUCCUCCUGCCACUUGUCAGCACAGUGUCCUCCAAGACCUGAGGCAGCCAACACCCGCUGAGCAGCGAGUGACUGCUCCAGACUGGGAUAGGGCCUCCAGAUGGGACGGAAUAGCCCUGCCCUCCACGUGCCCAGGCCAGGCAAGUCAGACAUUACCGAUGUCAAUGUUACCCACACAACAAGGCUGCAAAAAAAUGCUGGGGAGGCACCUUGGGGGGCUGGUGGUGGGCAAGAACCAGGGGUAAGGAGCCUUCACAGGGCACAUGGCGCUGCAUGUGAGUGAAGAUGGGGAGGGGGGCUCCCUGGGAAGCUGCGACCCAGCCCCCAUUGGGCCGUUAUGUAGAGGGACUCUUAACAGAGCUGCAUGUCACCUGUGGGUGGGCUUGGGGAGGUCACCGACCCUCCCUGCGCAUCAUCCCUCAGCCGUAAAAUGAAAUGAUAAUCGGACCAGUGAGGUAGUCUGGAAAAUGUGCUCCAAGCAGCCCCCAGCACCUGUCAGUGCUAUUCAGUCUUACACGUGGGUUCCGCUGUGAGAACAUGUGUGUCCACAGACUCUACAAGGAACACCCAAAUGUAACAGUGUUGUUGGGUCUGAGGGUUUUCCCCAUUAUGUUUAAAACUUUUCUAUAAUACUCAUAGAAUAACUUCAUGGUUAAAAAAAAAAAAGCAGAAACUAGCGUCCUCUCCAGCCCAUGUCUGCCUUUUUAAAUCCUGUGACGCUUCUCCGCUUGGGGCCACCUGAAAGUGGCUGGCGGGAGCCUUCCUCUCAUCCACAGCCCCUGCAGGGGCACCUGCCCUCUGGUGUCCCUGCCCCUCCCCGCAUGCCAGAAGCUCCUGUGCCCAUCAGCCCUUCCCACAGGCCCCUCUAGGCUUAGGGGUCAGCAGGCCCAGCGCAGUCUGUGUCCCCAGCACACGGCUGGCUCUCAGCAGGUCCUCACCAGUCCCCUUGGGUAAACUGGCCAUUCCUCCUUAGGUCCCAGCCCACAAGAGCCCUGUGAUCCCCCUGGAGGAGGUGGCACUCAGUCACCCUGUAUCUGUUCUCUUCCUGACACUCGGCAGUGUCCAAAUCCUUGGGACCUGUGUCGGCUGGCCGCUUGUCUCCUCCACUAGAAUAAAAGCUCGAAAGCCAGGACCUGUCCUGCACUGUGCUUCCCAGCACCCAGCCAGGUACACAGUAGGAGGCACUUAAUAAACUUAGGCUGAGGAUAUGAAUGAAGAAGGUGUGACCUUGGGCACAAUGAAGAACAUUUCUGUGCCCCAUUUUCC